UGGCGGCCUAGCUUGAUUGAUGUCAAGGUCACAUUAUUGACUAUUGAUAGUAUCGCCAAAUCAACAGCACAACACGGUUUUCCCGUUUGCUCAUCCUGUGGGAAUAUUCAGAUCAUUUUGUUAGUGCUGUGUGAGUGUGUGUGCGAACCUUAUAACGUUUGUGAUAUACCACGGACAGGUGAGAUCCAGUCGGCAUUGACAGAAACAUGAGUCAGGAGGUUGUUGACGAGAAAAGAGAGUGUCUUCGUCUAUCUUUUAAUCAUUUUGACAAAGACGGAAGCGGUACGAUAACUGUGGAUGAGAUUGGUAAACUGUUUCAAGCGCUGGGUCAAAAUCCCACCAAUGAGCAAAUAGAGCAUAUGAUCAAAGAAGCCGACACAGAUAACUCGGGCUCGAUUAACUUUGUGGAAUUCGAAAAAUAUGUUAAUAGACAAAAAGAAUGUAACCAGACAAAAAAACAGCAGGAAGACGAUUUGAAAAGUGCGUUUGCAAUUAUGGACAGAAAUGGAAAUGGUUUCAUCAGCAAAAAAGAGUUACGCAAAGUGGUGAAGUGUUGCGGAGAACGUCUUUCCGACGAGGAAAUUGAAGAGAUGAUGUCUAUUGCAGAUACAGAUGAGGAUGGCAAAAUUGAUUGUAAUGAAUUUGUGAAGGCGAUGUUACAAUGAAAGAGGAGCCCCGAUACCGUACUCUCGUUAGUCCUUUAGUAGGAUCACAGUGCUUCUUAGCAAUAGACUUUUGUAGACUUAGUGGACGCAAUGGAGUACAGGACGGAGAGAAACGCAUUAUCUGGAUUCCAUUUAGCCAGAAAUGUCCAUAAUCUCGAAUAAUAUGUCUACCCUUUUCGAAAUAAGAUUCAUCUGUUUGGUAUAGAUAAUAUAUGCUAACUUUAUUUUGAACAAAAAAAAAAACACCAGUAAUUUAAAACCUCUAUCGGCGAACUUUCUUAUGCGUCUGUUUCCUUUGCCAAGCAAAGAGUGUUUUUCAAUAACUGUUUGCAUUUAAAACAAACCUAGCAUAUACUUCUUUCCUAGGUGUCACUGUUUGUCUUUCACUAGAACAGCAAUGACACGGCAGAGGUGUAAGUUAGAUAAAUGUGUCAAUUUGCAACACUUAAUUUAAUGCUAAUUGAACUUUGGUAUGCGGAUAUUUGAACAUUAAGAGUAUGUCUAGUUAACUUGGUGGUUCUCGGAUUUAUUUGCUACGAAUGUACCCCAGUCCAUUGCUGAAUUAAGAACGCAAAGAGUAAAAUGAUUAAAAUCGAACAAUACAAAAUCACUAAUGCUUGUUUGAUAAAAAAUAAAGUAAGACAAAUACAGUCACUGUUCUUUAACCUCUGAAUAACCCGACUAAUUCGAUACUACAGAAAACUCUUAACGUACCGUAAAUUCGGCGAUGGUUUUACCUCAAUGCUAUAUUUGUAAUGAUCUUAAGCGACGUAUAGUUGAACAUUGCUCUGUAUUUAAUUAUUUAAUUUUAUCUUGUCUCAAAACCACAGAAGAUAAGUCCCCGUGUAUGUAUAUAAACAAAUCUCUAAAUGUGUAACACUGUAUGUAUAUAGCUAAAUCUCUAAAUAUGUGUCCCUGCGAAUGUACAUAUACAAAUCGCUGAAUUGAUGUCUUUAAGAAUGUUAACAACCCUUCGAAGAGGUAUCCUGGUGUCUGUAUAUGAACAGAAAUGGAAACAUUGAAAGUCAUUUAUGUUUUUUUUAUAUUUCCCUGUUCACUGUAAAGAUAAUUGAUACUCAUUCUUUACAUUGAUGCUUUAAGUUAUUUCUACAUUAUCUCCAUCGAACUACUUUCAUCAUAUACUGGAUUUAUUAUAUAUGUGUAAACUGCUUUUACUUGCAUUAUAUAUUAAUUGGAAGCGUUUUGUCAAUAACAUAUGCUUCUUAUUUUGAUAGUGUCCUUGCUGUGUUAAAAUGAACUUAGUACAACACACUCAUUGGUCAGUGUGUUUGGUGUUAUGCUUUCAAUAUGGUUCAUCCUAUUUAUAAAUCUUAUCUAAAAUAAGACAUAUUUUGUUAAACUUAAUUUUGAAUUAUAAUUUUUUUAAUUCAAAAUAUUGCUGUUAACCAGAGACGACUGUACAUUAUAUGACGAUAGCUUUAAUACCAAUCCAAAUAAUUGUUAUUGACUACUUGUCCUAGAACCAAAGAUUCCGAAUGAACAUAGCAUGCACAAAUCUUGUCACGUGAUAUAAUACUGUUUUUAUUUUUUUAUCAAAUUAAUAUCAAGCUAUAUCACAAUGAUGCUAUUUUUCACUCAAACAGCCAGACUGAUAUUAUUGAAUAUGUCCUGUAGGUCGCGCUUAUGAUACAUUAACUCAAAGACACAGUUAUUAGACGUCCAUUUCUCUAUUCGUAAAUCAUUACCAUCAUUUAUUUUAUUCAUUAUUUUCUCAUCAGGCAGCAACUUCCUAUUAUAACAUCGGAACUUCACACAGGGGCAUUUGAUGAUACAUGAUUAUCUUACAGUAUGUUUACCUAUUGCAGGUAUUAUAAUGAUUUGUUUCCAACCAUUGCCGUAACACCUUGUUACACAUAUUUUAAGAUGACUUGAUAAUUUGUCAUUAUAUUACUUAUGACUUACGAUCUACCUAUGACCCUAAUAAGAAUUACGUAAUAUCUCUGUAAAUUGACUUUACCGUAAUUUGUAUUAGGGUCAUAGGUAGAUCGUAAGUCAUAAGUAAUAUAAUGACAAAUUAUCAAGUCAUCUUGAAAUAUGUAGCAAGGUGUUACAGGCAAUGGUUAUAAGAAAAUAUCUAUAUACUGCCUAUCAAAAGGUUAUGUUAAAAUAUUCAUAUAUUGAUGUAUCUGUAAAUCUUAGUGAGAAACUGCCUGCUGGGUGUCAUUCAAUUAAAACCUACUAAAACUUUAA